UUCAAAUUUAGUUAUUUCCUAAAGUUUUACAAAUAUAGUUCGAUUCGGAUUUCUUAAGAACAAAAAAAUAUGAAAGCGUAUCCUGUGGUGAUUAAUCUCUUUAUAGGAAUUCUAUUUUUGCCCAAAUAUUACACACUAGAACUACGAGUACCCUUAUCCGAAGAUGUCUGUCGUUAUUUCAAGAAUGGUGAAAUUGUGCGUAACCCCAGUUCCUGCACUGAAACAUUAAUAUGUCAAGAUGGCAAAAGCACGCCUUAUUCCAAAAAAUGUAACGAUGAUAAAAUAAUUUUAUUGUCAACAAUGGAUUGUGGAAAAGCUAAUAAAGCCGACAGUUAUUGCACACCGGCAUGUGGAAAUAAGAGUAAUAAAUGGAUUGCAGAUAAUAAAAAUUGUAGGGAAUGGCAUGAAUGCAAAAAUGGCACAAUUGGUCAGACAGGUUUCUGUCCCGUGGGUCAAAUAUUUAAUCAAACGGAACAAAGAUGUAAUUACGAUAAUGGUAAAUGUGACAAAACCUUUGAUAUAUGUAAUGUGGCUAAAACAUCGGUAAGUUUUUGGGAUGAAAAUAAUUGUCACAAAUUCUUCGUAUGCGAUACAAAGAGGAAUCUUCAAAAUAAAACUUGCAACUUGGGACUCUAUUACGAGGCACGUACAGGAAUCUGUACUGAAAAGGCAAAGGUCAAUUGCUAUAAACAUCCGAUACCCGACUAUGUAUGUGGAAAUGAAAAAUUGGCCAUACUUAAUGCUUUCGUAAAGGACCAAGCCACUUGUCGUGGUUUUUUCUAUUGCAAGCGCAUGCCUAGGAAAAAUGAAACAGAUGGGUCUUGGAAUUAUAAUCCUGAUAAAAAUCCGACUUGGGGUCAAUGUCAAAGGAAUCUAUUUUUCGAUGAAGAAACACAAUACUGUCGUGAUCAAAAUUAUGUUAAAUGUAAUGAAGAUCGUUGUGAUGGUCAUAUGAGUGGCAAAGUAUUGAGCGAAAAACCUGGUUGUAAGCAUUAUUUAGAAUGUAUCAAUGGCUAUACGCACAAAGAAGUUUUAUGUGAUAAUAAUAAAUAUUUCGAUCCAGUUACUGAAACAUGUGUCUACACAAAAAUUUCAUAUCCGAUUUGUGAGUAAAAAAUUU